UUGGGAUGGAUUAGUCACGUCAUUCCGCACCAAGCGGACAACGCGUGAACAAGAGUCAUACAGCUGGCACAGUCACGUAUAUCGCUGGAACACAUCCGCAUGUCCGGCGACAACUCAUCUCAUAUACUCUACUAAAUUAUCUACAAGACUUGCACGACAACAUGCCUCAUCAACAGCAGAAUAGCACCAGUGAUGAGGAAGCGCAUGAGAAAUGGGACUCGUUCAACAUGGAGACGGUGAUGCAGAGAGCAGGGGUGAAUGAGCGGUCGGUGAUGCUGAUGGUGACCAGAGUGGUCAAGGUCAUCGUCUACAUCGUCGUCUUCAUCAUGAUGACGGUCUGCGCCACAAGUUCAAAGGUCAGCCUCAUCUACAUGACGUCACAGCUCGGCGAGCCGGGCCCGGAGGCUGAUGCGCUGUCUGGGAAGCGCAUGUUUGCGGGGGAUGGGCCAUCGCCGAUCUGGUACUGGAUGAUCUGGGUGGCUGUCUCCGUUCCUCACCUGUUCGCGUUCUAUCGCUGCGGGAUGAUCGUAGCAUUCAGGCGAACAAAGUGGCCAUCGCGAACCGCAUUCUUCGUGGCGUUACUUAUGGAGACUGCGCACACCUGCGGGAUAUCGCUAAUGGUAUUCAAGAUGCUUCCCAGACUAGGAGCGCACGUCGGUGUGCUGCUGACGGCAGCAGUGGCGCUCCUGCCGGCCAUCCUUCUCUUCAUCUUCCGCAUCUGCGCGCUUCCGGGGCUUCGCUCUGCAGCGAUGCUCGUUGGUGAUCUUCUAGCGCUACUCAUGCAGGCGAGCGUGUUCGCGUGGCUCGCUCUCUACACUGCAGACCCGGAGACGAUCUGCUGGGUAGUGGUGUCGGUCGCUCUCGUCUCCGUCGGGCUGUGGGAGGUGUUCGUCAAUGAGAACGCACCUCGUCGGCUGCUGCGUGGACUCAUCGAUGUGAAGAGAGAGCUGAACGCAAACAGGCACAAAACCUACUUGCUGUUGAGCAUCUGGAAGAUUUGCCUUACGUUCGCCUUUACGCUCUUCUUCGGCAUCACGACGUUCGGAAAAACAUCGUUCUUUCAGCCGAUGUCGCACGCGCCGCGCGAAACCGACGAUGGCUCUUCGGUAGAUGGUGCCAGGGUGCUGUGGGGCGUGCUGGUGCACGUGCUGUCGUCGAGCGUCGGCUAUCUCGUAGCGGCUUUUUCGCUGCGCUCCCAAAUGCAGAUUGUCGGCUUCACGAUUCCGCUAGUAGCCAGCCAAUUAAUCUCCAUCGUCGCUGUCUUCCUGCUGUCCUGCGUGGACGAGGCGGACCUGGCAGUGAACGACUGGCGCGGAAUCACGAUGUGCAGCGAGCUACCAGAACUCAUCAAGCGCCUGUUCGUGGAGAGAUACGCGUGGAUGUCCGUCUUCUGGUUCGCAUCCUUUGUCUGGAUAACAGGACACGUUUGGUUUCCGCGCUCGAACAGAAUGGCCAAGUCACACACGUUAUUUUCGAGACCCUUUUAUUGCAACGUUCUUUUUGCUGAAAGUCUUCUACUGAAUCGCAUCAACGAGCGAAACAUUUCUGAAUGCCGACCUAUAAAUGCUGUCGUGGGUAGCUACGUGGAGCGACUUGCUAUAGACCUAAAGCAGCCGCAGUUGUCCAGAAACGUCCACAAGCUGAUAGAGGAGGCGCCGAGCAAACCCGAAGAUGCACCAAGAUCAGAGCGGCGACCGACGAAGAUCUACAUGUGCGCCACCAUGUGGCACGAAAAUACGAACGAGAUGCUUCAACUGAUCAGAUCUAUCCUAAGCCUCGAUAAAGAUCAGAGUGCAAGACGUUUGGCUAUGAAAUAUUUCGAGAAAGACCAUCCUGAUUAUUAUGAACUUGAAGUUCACAUCAUGUUUGACGACGCAUUGGAAGAAACUGCAGAAGGCGACACUAUCAAUGAGUUUGUUGUUGUGUUUAUAGAGACGCUGCUUGACGCCGUGCAAUCUUUCACGAAUGAAACCACGGAUGACUUGCCAUCGGUGAAGAUUCCAACACCACACGGAGGUCGCGUUGAGUGGACACUGCCCGGCGGUACACCGCUAGUGCUGCACCUGAAGGAUAAAAAGCUCGUAAAACGGCGAAAGCGAUGGAGUCAGGUCAUGUACAUGUACUACCUACUCGAUCUGAAACUACGAAGUACGAUAGUUGACUGUAGCCUGCAGGAGCAGCAUGACGUCACGGGAAGAACGUUCGUGCUAGCCGUCGACGGUGACUCUAACUUCGAGCCUGCCUCCGUAUUGAAACUGGUCGAUCUAUUGAAGAUGAACGAUAAUAUCGGUGCAGCAUGCGGCCGCAUCCAUCCUAUUGGAUGGGGACCGAUGGUAUGGUACCAACAGUUCGAGUACGCGAUCGGACAUUGGUUCCAGAAGGCAACCGAGCACGUACUGGGAUGCGUGCUCUGCAGCCCUGGCUGCUUCAGCUUGUUCCGCGCAAGGGCGCUUAUGUGUCCCAACGUGAUGGGGAAGUACAGCAAGAUCGCCCGAACAGCGAAGGCUCACUUUCAAUCUGACCAAGGGGAGGACCGCUGGCUGUGCACUCUGCUGCUACACGAGGGUUAUCGCGUGGAGUACUGCGCAGCCGCAGACGCGAUGACCUACUCACCCGAGAAUCUUGCGGAAUUCUUCAACCAGCGAUGUCGCUGGAUAUCGUCGACCCUGGCUAACAACCUCGAUCUGAUUUUCGCUGGCAGAUUGUUUGUGCGAUACAACGAUACCUUCUCGUGGCUAUACAUUGCAUACCAAGCCGUCAUCUUCUGCGCUGGUCUCGUCGCCCCUUCGGUCAUCAUCUGUUUCCUGGUCACUGCAUGUGAGGAGGCAAUACAUUCAUUUGAUGACGCGCAAUACGGGCUCUGGAGGUCGGUGGUGUUCGUUACACUACCCGUGGUCAUUCACAUAAUUAUCUCAUUGAAGUACAGUAAAGAAGUACAGCUGAAAAUGGUCGCCCUCCUCACGAUCUUUUACGGCAUUAUAAUGUUGAUCGUUGCCAUUGGACUGAUUGCGCAGAUGUGCGUUGCCUCGGAGGUUACGCCCAUUCAUUAUUUGAUGGGAGCUGUCUUUGUACCGUUUAUCGUGGGUGGGAUAUUUCAUCCUAACGAGGCAUGGUGCCUCGCCCAGUUCGUGUGGUAUUGGCUGACAAUACCUACGAUGUUCGUACUACUCUACAUAUACACUGGUGCAAACCUACACGAUGUUAAAUGGGGCACACGAGAGAAGAAACAGACAGAUGCAGAAAAGAAAGAAGAAUUGGAACUCGAUAUGGCAGAAAAGAAAGGCGCCAAAGAAGAUGUGAAAGACCAGCCGGAAACCGCAGUGGCUUCCACUACAGGAAUUUACGCCAAGACUGCCGCGGUCGUGUCCAUGAGUUUCAAUGACUACUUUCACUGGAUGUGCUGCUUAUACAAAACUACAGAUAGCGACGUCUUACAAGAAGUCGAGAUCAAGGAACGGAUGGAUAAAUUCACCGACCGAGUGAGUUGUUUGAUGGAGAAGCUCGAUAUGCCCAAGAUUUCAGACGAGGAAGAAGAAAAGGUACUGGGCGACGUCAACGUGGAAACGGAGGUACCAAAGAAGGAAACGAAGAUAUACAAUAAGGAUGCCUCUGCGGCUAGGGAAGAAUACGAAAUGGCUAUACGUGAACCUAAACCGACGGCGAUAGUUGCAAAGGUACGCCAUUUGCUGGUGAAUCCUUAUUGGCUAGACCACCCGAAGCUGGAAGGUGCGCGAUUGCGGUUGGCUUCUAAACAUGAGGUCGCAUAUUGGAAGCUUCUGCUUCAGCGCCACCUAGCGCCGCGAGAGGAAGAUAAAGAGCAAGUAGCGAAGCUGAAGCGGGAGCUGCGACGCGUGCGUAACCUGGGCUCGGCGGCCGUGCUCGGCCUCAACCUGCUCUUCAUCACCUUCCUCUUCUUCGUCGACAUCAACCCGGGCUUCGAAGUCGCGUGGCCGUUCUCCGACGACGACGUCGAAUUCAGCAUCGUGACGGCCGUCUUCGCCCUCUUCUUCGUCGGAAUUCUCGUCUUGCAGACGUUCGGCAUGGUCUACCACCGCGUCGGCACGUUCAUGCACGUCAUGGCGACGACGACCAUCUUCCCGACAGCCGACCGUCGGCCGUCCGCCGACGACGAUCUCACGGAGAACGGGGUGGUUUACGCCGACGCCCUACAGGAUCUUUCCACGGGCAUGUGGCCGGACGAAAGCGAGGCUCGGAUUUCAGCGGACGCCAUCUUAGAUACGGGAGGCAGCAGCAGCAGCAGGAGGAGGAGCAGGUACGAGUCGCCUGCGGGAGAGUCCCCGACCUGCUACGAGCAGGUGUUUCUGGAUAGAGCUCGAAAUCUGUCGAAGAGCGGCCGCGGAAUCGGCGCAGCGAAGCUUCCCGACAAGAGACGACGAUCGAAGCGAGACGAGACAGCGGACGCCAUCUGGCGGAGAGUGUCGAGCAAGAGUGGUGAUAAAUCCUAAACAAUAAGUAACGGUAUGUGGUGAACGCUGUUCCGGCGGCGAAUUUUCGCGUCCCGGCGGCGAAAAUUCGCGUCCCGGCGGUUCGUGGGUGUGAGACCACAUCAGAAGCUACGAUACGAUAAGAUAUACCAAACUCAGGCCGAGACUUUUGUCAACGUUGAAUGCGUGAUUUAGAAACCCUAUUAAUUGUUCUAAUACAGUAGAUAGGAGUUUAAUGAAAACGGGUCAAGGUCAACGAAUAUGAAUUAGGUUAUUGACUAUAAAAUACAAUAUACCAUUAAGGAAAAUUCUGCAGUCAACUUUCGCUAUUAAAAAUCUGAUAUUUCGCGUGUUAUAAUCGGCACUUCUAUUAUGAUUUCUGAACUAAAAGGCCCAAAUAAGUUGACGUCAUUAUCUGACAGCAUACGCCACAUAUGUACACAUGUACGUACGUAUGUACCACACUAUACUACCGGUAAACGCGUGACGUGAUUCGUAUAGACACUGAUCUCAAUGAUAGAUGCGCUUGCUCUCGAGAACAUGCUAGAUUGGUUACGUACCAUAUUCCAGAUAGACUGAUUGGAAAACAAGCUGGCUAUACUUCUGGGUGCCAUUAGCGAUAUAUAUAUAUGGUAUGCGAUCUCCCACGCGUGUUAGAAACCCUACAGAUAUAGGCCCUAUAUAUUCUCUACAUUAUUACGUAUUUUCACAUAUUAUACUAUAGGUGGCGCUGAUAUACAAUAUUGCGUGCUGCGCGUGGUUGGUUGGCAGCGUCUCAAGGACGAGUGCAUUUACCUUGGCACGGCGUGACGUCGUGUCGGUACCAUUAUCACGAUGAAUGAGCGACGUAUAGCCGCAGGCACGGCGAUCCUCCGUCUAGUAUGUGCACGCAUAAUCAAAAUGCUCGAAAUCUCUUUUCUAAUAGCGUGAGCAUUCUCGAUGAGGAAUCAGCAAAUAUAUUCAAUUACGAACCCUAUACGUGCAAACGAUCUGCUACAAUAUACUAUUUAUUAUACGAUCCCGAACUACAACUAAUUAUUUUACAACUACAAUUUAUUCAGUCGCGUAUUCAUCAGGUAUUCCUAGGUAUAUCUGGCUCAGGUUCGGUGCUUUCACAGUGACGCAGAUGACACGGGAUGAUGGAAGGGUUGAACCUGCAGGGGUGUUAACGUAAAAUCUAGUAGUGUAUAGGUAAUAGCUCAACACUCGUAUGUCCAUAAAUAUCCUCUUUGAACAUCUCACUAGAGAAUGCGUUAUCCGCGCUUGGGCGCUAUUAAUAAACGAUUUAAUUUACCAAAUUCACCACGUACGUGUGACUAACACCUUUUCUAGUUACCGAAUAACGCUGGAACGCGCCCUGCACACUAUAUUCGCGCAGUGAGUCGUAAAAUUAAAUUGGUAGGUUACUCAUAAGUUGCUACUCGGCUGGCCAUUGUGUCCCAGUGGUUGGCUUAGCAACGCUAGCGCCAAAAUCUCCAGUAGAGGUAUGCUUAUGCCGCUCGUGCCUCGUGGUGAUCACGUGCGAUUGUGCAUGUCACUGUGACUUGUGUGUACGCACUGUAUACGGCUUGCAUGUUUUUUCGUUACUACGAUCGGUAUUGUGUUUGGGUUUUGCUGUGGAAAACAGUUUACUUCAUCUCUUAGUAUGAAUAUCCUGUGACGAAAAAAAGAUGUGGUAACAUUCCCGCUGGUAUCACGAUGCAUGACGUAACGUCUAUAUCGUAGCCAUUUUGAAUAAAUUGGUGCAACUGAUCUUCGUGGUGAAGAGAUGUUACUGACAGACACUGA